AUGGCUUUCGAAUUCUCCAAUUCACUCAAUGCCAUUGGUUUUAGUCAAUCCAAAUUUGACUACUCUUUAUUCACCAAAGGGAAUAAAAAAGGAGCCUUCACAGCACUCUUAGUUUAUGUGGAUGACAUCAUAAUAGGAGGCAAUUCUCAAAGAGAAAUUGAUCUGCUCAAAGCUCACCUCCAUGGAAAAUUCAAAAUCAAGAAACUUGGACCCCUCAAAUACUUCCUAGGACUAGAGGUUGCAAGAUCAUCAGCUGGAAUAAAUGUUUGUCAAAGGAAGUACACCCUCGAAAUCUUGAAAGACUCAGGGAUACUUGGCACCAAACCUGCCUCCACACCUAUUGAGUUAAAUCACAAAUUGAGUCAUACCACAAAUGAGAUCCUACAAAACCCUACAACCUAUAGAAGACUCAUAGGAAGGCUCAUCUACCUGACCAUUACCAGGUCGGGCAUUACAUAUGCAAUAAAUGUGCUGAGCUAG